GUCAAGGGUGAUGCUGCUGAGAUUUAUAAAUUCGCUCGACGAUAAAGCCAACAAGUCAGUGUAAGAAGCAAAGGAAUUGCCGAGAUGUCUGCCAAAGUUAUUUCGCCUGGGCCGACGGCUACAAUUCUCGACCCAUCGGAACACCUGCGACCGGAACCAGUGCACGCGGAAAAAUCAGCCAGUCAAUUCAGAGAUUAUUCGGUAGACCCAGAAGAUCCACUCAAGGAACGAGUCCGAAAAACCUACCAUGAUAUGCAUACUAAUCAAACAGUGGAGUUUGUACGCUCUCGUAUGGCAGACUGGCUACGUUUUAACAAGCUCAAAAUGACUGUGAAAGAUGCACUGAUCAAGCUAAACGACCUUGUCGACGAAAGUGAUCCGGAUUCCAAUUUGCCCAAUAUUGUGCAUGCAUUCCAAACUGCAGAACGUGUCCGGGCAGAUCAUCCAGAUCUCGAUUGGUUCCAUCUCACAGGGCUAAUACAUGAUCUUGGCAAGGUAAUGGCCUUCUACGGUGAACCACAAUGGGCUGUAGUUGGGGAUACGUUUCCUGUUGGCUGUGCCUGGGGAGACCAUAUCGUUUACAGAGAUACCAGCUUUGAAGAUAAUCCUGAUGGCAAGGACAGCCGCUACAACACUAAGUAUGGAAUGUACAAGCCAAAGUGCGGACUGGACAAUUUGAUGAUGUCAUGGGGUCAUGACGAAUUCCUCUAUCGCGUACUCAAACAUAAUAAGUCAAAAUUGCCAGAGGAGGCUUUAGUUAUGAUUCGUUAUCAUUCGUUUUACCCUUGGCAUGGAAGUGGAGACUAUUCUCACUUUUGUACUGAGAAGGAUAACGAAAACCUGAAAUGGGUACUUGAAUUCAACAAGUACGAUCUUUACUCAAAGAGUGACACCGUUCCCGAUAUUGAAAAAUUGUGGCCAUACUAUGAGGGGCUCAUAGAAAAAUACAUCCCUGGUGAAAUAGAGUGGUAGAAUUUUGCCCGCUGUCGAACAACGGCAGAAAACAUUACUCGAAGUGGACGAGAUUGUUCAAUCCUGAGACAUAAUGAAAAGUAUAAAUAAAUAAGAAUUAACAAAAAGGCUGAAUUGCUGAUCCAGAAUAUAAAAAACAGUAGCAACAAGAAUUCCGUCAAUCGAAAUAUUGGAAUAAUCCAGCUCCACUCUAAAAUGGUCUAUAAGCUGUAUUCCAAAAUUUAGCGGACGACCCGUCUAUUGUACCCAGAUCUUUUUCUGACUGAAAUGAAGUUAUGGUUCGGUGUUAUUAGUACAGGCCCAUCUUGCAUGCAAAGUUGUGCUGUACACCAUGUUUGCGUGACAUUACAAAUUGUUUCUGUAAAUGAAUAAAUAUGUUGGAAGUAAAAUAAAUUUGUUUGACAUUC